AUGGCGACUGUCACAGAAACUACCACAACAAUAAGCAAGGAGCAGCUUCCGGCGCUCCCGUCAGAAAUCACAGCUGAAUGGCUAGGAUCCAAGUUGGGCCACAAAGUCAAGGCCGUGACCAUGACACGCACCAUCUUCGGCACGGCCAGCAAGCUGUUUUUCUCGAUCGAGUAUGCGCACGAGGUGGCUGACGCAGGCUCACGGCCGGCGCACGUCUGUGUCAAGGGCGUGUUUAACCCGGCAAUAGUAGCUGCGCAACCGUGGACGGUGAGCCUGGCGCAACGCGAGGCGGAUUUUUUCGCCAAGAUCGCACCCACCAUCAAGCACAUGGGUUAUCCAAAGGGCUGGUGGGGUGGGACGAGUGACAGCCAGGGAAUCGCAAUCAUGUCUGACUUGGUGUACGAAGGUUGUACAUUCCCGCCCGAGGUGGCCUCCUACCCACUGGAGGCGGUGCUGGACGGGGCUGCGCAGGUGGCCGGUCUCCACGCUCAGUUCUGGGGAAAGAGCCAGGAGGACUACCCUUGGAUCUGGAAUAAUUACGACCCGGCGAUGACAUUCAUGGUCCGACAGUGGGAUACAGUCGUUAGAGAGCCGUGGCGACUCAAGCUGCCAGACUUCCUAAUGGACGGCACGAGAGUAAACAAAGUCUUGGACCGAUACUAUGCGGAGCGCAACCCACGAUUCCGCACCUUGUUGCACGGCGAUACGCAUUUUGGCAACGUCUACUUCACGGCCGAGGGCGGCACGCGCUUCCUCGACUGGUCAGCAUUCCACUUCGGCUCGUGCUUUCACGACCUUGUCUACUUCAUGACUUCCAUGCUCACUAUCGAGGACCGCCGCCGCCACGAAAUGGACAUCCUGGAUCACUAUCUUGAUACCCUGCAUCGUCUCGGCGGGCCCCGUUUCGACCGGCACUCUGACGAGGAGCUGAUGGUAGAGUACAAGCGUUCGUUUCUGACGAACGUCAUCUGGACUAUCUGUCCUCGCGAGAUCCAGUCAGAGGAGAGGAUUGCGGCCCUGUGCGAGCGCACUGUUUCUACCUGGGUUGAUCACAAGGUGCUCGAGGUCAUCGAAGGGCAGCCAAUUCCGACGCAGGACCAAGCAUAG